AUGUGGCGGGGUCCUUUCACGUCCACGGCAAGCGCCACGCUUCACAGAGGAAAGAAUUCUGUGCGGCGGCAGGCCGGGCAGCUGCAGAGCUUCUGGGAAGCUUCGUCCGCACAGCAGAGCGCCUCCGUGGCCUCCGCGGAUGCCGCAGCCAAAUCCGCCGCAAGCAGCGCCGCCUUCGCCGCCAGGGUUGAUAGCGGCGCCGCAGUGCGGAGCUGCGAAGGUGCACAGGGUCACAACGGUUGUGAUCUCGCCGGCCGAGUGUCGUCCGGCGCGGCGAACGCGGCGGAUCUGGCGGUUCCAAUCGCGACUCGUUCAUCGCACGCAGUCUCCGCGCUUCUUUCGAGCCCAGCCACGGGAUGGGGAGCUGGCAUCUCCCACUCGCACCCUUCCACUUCCGCCUUCUAUCUCUCUCACUCCGGAUCUCGGCCCCUUAGAUACAGAGGCUCUCGCUCGUAUCGAUCCACUUCCCCUCUUGCUUCCCGGCAAAGGCGCCAAAGAGAAGGGGUUUCUCCCAGCCUGUCGUUCUCACAAGGAUUCGAUAUCGCUAAAACCCUGAAUUCCGGCAAAGCUCCCUCGGUAGGCCCAAUCCGACCGUCCACGUCAUCCCGACACGCAUCGCAGGCUCCACACGUGCGAGAUAUGCCACGUCAGCAUGUGCACACGUGCGCGGUUCCCUCGGUCUCCUCCCCGUCUCCGGCGCCUUCCUCUUCCCCUUCCGCCACCUCCUCCGCCGCGCCCCCGCCUGCGCUGAUAGAUCGCGACGCCAUCUCGCAGCAUUUAUUCCCCUCCGAUAGAUCCAGGCAUCUUGCGAACGCCUCAGCGGCAGCAGCGACAGCGGCGGCGGCGGCGGCGGCGGCGGCGGCUGCGACAACGAAAUCGGCGCCUGCAGCGGUGCUAACCACUAGCAUGGCCCUGCCCUGCCGACAGCUGCUCGCUGCCGUCUGCCCCACCUCCGUCUUCCACGUCAUCGACACGUGGGUGACCGCACCGGACGCCGCCAUCAGCGGAGCCGCGGUCAACGCGGUCAGCGGGUCAAGGCAGGAUGCGAGCGCCGGCCCCUGGUCAUUGGCGCCUACCAGGGGCGCGGGGUUUGCGCCCGCGACGGGCGGGAACGGGGGGCGGGAGGAUGCCUUGCGCAGGCUUGGGGGAGCGCUUGGGGGGAGCGGGGUUGGGCAGGUGGGGGAAGGGAAUGCGCGCGGCAGGGGCAUUUCCGGAACCGCCGCGCCUGCAGGCGUCCCCCAGCCGGUUUCAGAGGUGUCUGGCGCAGAGGCGGAAGCAGGCGCAGCGGAAGGCGCAGAUGCAGGCGCCGCUGAAGGCGCAGCUUUAGGCGCACAUUCAGGGUCAGCGGACGGAUUAGCUUCAUGGGGAGAAGCGGCGGAAGUAGGAGCGAAGGCGAAGAUAGGGGGCCAGGCAAUAACGGAGGACACGGAGCCUUUGUGGACGUUAGAUCUGGACCCUAUCCGACGUGGCUCGUUCCGAUUGGGCCAGCUACAGAGCGCUCAGGGUCAGAGCAGCAGCAGCAGCCUGAAGGAGGGUUUUACCGAGAGCACUAGGGUUUCUGGUAGCGAUUUCAGCAGCACCAACUGGGAAAAGCUUGUGGCGGAGAGAUUCGCAGAUCCACAGCGCGCCGAGCCGAGUUCCAGCGGCAGGGUUUCGGGUUCAGGGGUGGGGGGAAGAGGAGGGGAGGGAGGCGGGGAGUGCGCGGACGGCGCUAGGGGGCAGGGAUUAGUGGGCGGAAAGGAGCAACGGAGACAGCAGCAGCGGCAGCGGCAGCAGCAGGUGCAACUGGCGCAGCAGCGGCACUACACAGAUUCCGCGCUUGGCGGAAUCCUUUCCGCCGCGCCAUCAUCAGCGGCAGCAGCGGCAGUGUCUUCCGCCGCGGGUGGCGCAGCCGCCGCGAGCGCGCACGAGGCGCUGGAACACGGGGACGGGCGCGGGGGCAUGCCGGUGGCGGAGGAGGCGCUGUGGCGCGCGCGCGUGGCGGAGCUGAUGCGCGUGGCGCUGGAGGAGGUGGAGGAGCGGCGCAGCAAGCUGAAGGUCCGCGCGGAGGACGAGGAGCGCCAGCGGCAGCGGGAAGUCGAGGCGUUUAAGAAGGCCGCGGAGGAGUACCGGCGGGAGCAGCAGGAGAUGAUGAAGAAGCGCAUGGGUCCGCGCACGGGCAUGGGAAAACAGCUCAUGUCGCAGUGGUUCGCGCGCCUCAAGUCCGCCGUGCUGGACGAGCGCGCGCGCUAUGAGACUGGCGGCGAGCGCGCGCCGUCCAGCAGCGCCAGCAGCGGCGCCAGUGGCGGCAGUGGGAAGAGUAGCGGCGGGGGAACGGGGGUGGGUCAGCUGACGAGCGCGGACCGCGCGCUACAGGUGUUUGGGGACUUUCUGGUGAAGGUAGACGCGGAGAAGCUCGCAGCCAUCACUCUCAACCGCACCGUGGACCUGCUGCUCUCAGAACAGGCGCGCGGAAGGGACGGCGCGCAGGGGCAGCGCCAGGGCGGGUUCGGCGGGGGCGCGGGCGGGGGCGGGGGCGGCGGGGGCGGGGUGCGGGGCGAGACGGAGAAGGGGUAUAAGUCGUUUGCGAAGGCAGUGUCUCUGGCGACGCAGAUUGGGAAGGCCGUAGAGGUGGAGAUGAACCUGGCGCGCGUGCAGGAGGAGGUAAGGCGCAGCAUGCGCGCGCUCAAGAAGAAGCAGCGCCUGCAGGCCGCUAGAGACGCGGAGCAGGCGGAGGCAGGCGCGGGGGACGCGGGGGACGGGGGAGCAGCAGGGGGAGGAGCGGUGGAAGGAGCAGCGGGAGGAGCAGCGGGGGCGGAGGGCGCGGGGGUGAAGGCGAAGGGGAAGGGGAAAGCGGGGAAAGGGGGAGGAGGCGCGGGGGAGGCGGGGGCGGAAGAAGCGGAGGUGGAUAUGGGGCGGGUGGCGCAGCAGAGGGAGGUGCUGCGGAAGCUAAGAAAGGAGAGCCAGCUGUCGGAGUGGCAGAAGAAGCGGCUUGUAGCGGCGGCUGUAGCGCAGGCGCAGGAGCCGUGGAGCACAGAGCACUACGUGCAGGCAUUGCAGCACGUGCCCUUCAUGCCCUACAUGCCCAUGCUUGUGCCACCGCGAGAAUGGCGCAGGUACAACUGGGGCGGGUACCUCUUCCUGCCCAACAACAUAAUGCGCGUCUUUGGCAAUCCAGAGCAGCGCAAUGUGCUGCAGCGCACCGAUCCUGCCAGGCUGCGCCGAGUCUUCCGGGCGCUGAACGUGUUGGGGUCCACGCCAUGGCGCAUCAACCAGAGGGUGCUGGAGGUGCUUGAGAAGAUCUGGCUCGACGGUGGAGGCAAGGCAGGCCUCGUUGAGAGACAUGAUGUGCCGGUACCAGAGGAGCCAGGGGAGGGGGCGACGGAGGAGGAGAGGAAGGCGUGGCGGAGGGCGAGGAAGAAGGCGGUGAAGGAGAACAUGGAGCGCCACUCCAUGCGCCAGGACCUGCGCCUCAAGCUCGAGGUGGCGCGGCAGUACGCAUCAGAGCCACGCUUCUACUACCCACACAACUUAGACUUCCGAGGCCGCGCCUACCCCAUGCACCCGCACCUCAACCAUCUCGGCGCCGACCACUGCCGCGGCCUGCUCCGCUUCGCCGACGGCAAACCCCUCGGCCCCUCCGGGCUCCGCUGGCUCAAAAUCCACCUCGCCAACCUCGUCGGGAGCGGCGCGGACAAGCUCAGCUUCGACGAGCGAGUGAAGUAUGUGGAUGAGCGGAUGGAGAAGGUGCGGGCGUCUGCGGAGGAUCCGUUGGGCGAGGGAGGCGGGUGGUGGAUGGAGGCGGAGGACCCGUUCCAGUGCCUGGCGGCUUGUUUUGAGAUUGUGAACGCGGUGGACUCGGGGUGUCCUGAGAAGUUUGUUUCGAGCCUGCCUGUGCACCAGGAUGGGUCGUGCAAUGGGCUGCAGCAUUAUGCUGCGCUCGGCAGGGAUGUGGAGGGAGCGCGGUCUGUGAACAUGGUGAGCAACGAGCGGCCUGCUGACGUGUACACGGGCAUCGCUGAGCUGGUGAAGGAGGUGAUGCAGAGUGACGCGGCAAGCAGUCACAGACCGCCGCGCAGUCCCAGUCAGCGCGCUAGCAAAGGGAAGCGGGGCCGUGUGGGGGGGCCAGAUGUGGUGGCCGAUGCUGCCACAUGCAGCAGUGAUGCGGGGGAGGGGAGGGAGGGAGCAGCAGCAGCGGCAGCAGUGGCAGCAGCGGCAGCAGUGGCAGCAGCGGCAACGGACUUGUGUAGAGCAGAUGAGGAGGAGUGGAGCAGUGGGAACGACCCAGCUGCCACUCUACUCUCGAGCGACGACGACCAAGACGAUGCAAGCACCAGCAGCAGCAGCAGCGACUCCGAGUCACUCAGACUAGCAGGUGACAAGUCCAGGCGAGACGGCAAGAGAAGCAGCGGCAGCAGCAUUAGCAGCAGCAGCAGCAGCAGCAGAAGUAGUGACCUAACGGAUGAUCGCGAGGGCAGCAGCGGCGUGGAUGCGGAGGCGAGGAGGCGCGGCGUGCACGCGCGGUUCCUGGCGGGGCAGGUGGACCGCAAGCUGGUGAAGCAGACCGUCAUGACGUCCGUGUAUGGCGUGACCUUUGUGGGCGCGCGCACGCAGAUCAUGAACCGCAUCAAGGAGAGGUCAUUGACCGAUGAUGAUCACCAGCUCUACUCGGCCUCGGCGUAUGCUGCCAAGGUGACACUAGCAGCCAUGGAUCAGAUGUUUGACUCAGCCCGGCAGAUCAUGGCAUGGCUUGGCAAAUGCGCGCAGCUGAUAGCAGCGGAGAACGAGAGUGUGAGUUGGAGCACGCCGCUGGGGCUGCCAGUGGUGCAGCCGUACCGCAAGGAGGGCCGCAAGGUCGUCAGGACGGCUCUGCAGUCAUUCACACUCAUCGAGGACCGCAUGCGCCGCGAUGUGGUGGGGCAGCGGCAGAAGUCAGCGUUCCCACCCAACUUCGUGCACUCUCUGGACUCCACGCACAUGAUGAUGACUGCCAUGGCAUGCUACAACCGCCGCAUCACAUUCGCUGGCGUGCACGACUCGUACUGGACGCAUGCGGCCAGUGUGGAUCGCAUGAAUGAGAUCCUCAGGAAGCAGUUCGUCGCUCUGCACUCCCAACCCCUACUCGAAAACCUGUUGGAGGAGUUCAGGGAGAAGUACCCGCACCUGGACUUCCCCAACGUGCCGCGCCGGGGGCAGUUUGACCUCAACAACGUGCUUCAUGCGCCCUACUUCUUUGACUAG